AUGAGAUUUUAUUUUCAAGAUAAAGCUGCUGGGAACUUUGCAACAAAAUGUAUCCGGGUCUCUAGUACCGCCACCACUCAGGAUGUGCUGGAAACGCUCGCGGAGAAAUUCCGCCCGGACAUGCGCAUGUUGUCAUCACCCAAGUACUCCCUGUACGAAGUGCAUGUCAGCGGAGAAGAAAGAAGAUUGGAUAUAGACGAGAAACCCCUUGUUGUGCAGUUGAAUUGGAAUAAGGAUGAUCGAGAGGGCAGAUUUGUUCUUAAGAAUGAGAACGAUGCCAUUCCUNAUCAGAAGGCUCAAAGUAACGGACCUGAAAAGCAGGAAAAAGAAGGUGUUAUCCAGAACUUCAAGAGAACUCUCUCAAAGAAAGAAAAAAAGGAAAAAAAGAAGCGAGAAAAAGAGGCAACGAGGCAGGCGUCUGAUCGAGACGAUAGACCUUUCCAUGGGGAUGACACUGAAAAUUCUCGACUGGCUGCUGAGGUUUACAAAGACAUGCCUGAAACUAGCUUUACCCGAACAAUUUCUAAUCCCGAGGUGGUUAUGAAACGACGGAGACAACAAAAACUGGAAAAGAGAAUGCAGGAAUUUCGGAGCUCAGAUGGGCGACCUGAUUCAGGUGGAACAUUGAGAAUUUAUGCAGAUAGUUUAAAACCAAAUAUUCCCUACAAGACGAUCCUGCUGUCUACCACAGAUCCUGCAGACUUCGCUGUGGCUGAAGCUUUAGAAAAGUACGGUCUGGAGAAAGAAAAUCCUAAGGAGUAUUGCAUCGCCCGCGUGAUGCUUCCUCCUGGGGCCCAGCAUUCUGAUGAGAAAGCUGCUGAAGAAAUUAUCCUUGAUGAUGAUGAGUGUCCUUUACAGAUCUUCAGGGAGUGGCCGAAUGACAGAGGGAUUUUAGUCUUUCAGCUGAAGAGGAGGCCACCAGACUACAUCCCAAAAAAAAGCCAGAAGCACAUGGAUGGGAAGCCCCUGCACGGAAAGGAGCGAGUUGAUGGGUCUGGCUAUGGCUCUGUACUCCCGCCGGAGAAACUGCCCUACCUCGUAGAGCUGAGCCCAGACGGUUCCGACUCCAGAGACAAGCCGAAGCUCUACCGCCUUCAGCUGAGCGUCACUGAGGUUGGGAUGGAGAAGUUCGACGACGGCUCCAUCCAGUUGUUUGGUUCAGGAAUUGAGCCCCAUCACUGUGACCUCACAAACAUGGAUGGAGUGGUCACGGUCACGCCUAGAAGCAUGGAUGCCGAGACCUACGUGGACGGGCAGCGCAUCUCGGAGACGACGAUGCUGCACAGCGGGAUGAAGGUGCAGUUUGGGGCGUCCCAUGUGUUUAAGUUCGUGGACCCCAGCCAGGACCACGCUCUGCCCAAGAGAUCGGUGGAUGGAGGCCUGAUGGCGAAGGGUCCCAGACAGAGGCCUGGAAUUGUUCAGGAGACAACUUUUGAUUUGGGAGGAGAUGUUCAUAGUGGGACAGCAUUACCAGCGAGCAAGAGCUCCUCCAGGCUGGACGGCGACAGGGGGCUGUCUGCCGCCAGCACCGCCGAGCGAGGGAUGGUGAAGCCCAUGGUCAGAGUGGAGCAGCAGCUGGACUACCGCAGGCAAGAAAGCAGAACUCAGGACACUCCUGGGCCUGACCUAAUACUGCCUGCAAGCAUUGAAUUCAGGGAAAGUUCUGAAGAUUCAUUUUUAUCUGCCAUUAUAAAUUACACUAAUAGCUCUACAGUCCAUUUUAAGUUGUCACCUACAUACGUGUUAUAUAUGGCGUGUCGGUAUGUAUUGUCCAGCCAGUACAGACCCGAUGUCAGUCCCGCAGAACGGACGCACAAAGUGAUUGCCAUUGUCAACAAGAUGGUGAGCAUGAUGGAAGGGGUCAUUCAGGAAGUAGACCGGGUUGAUCAGAAACAGAAGAAUAUUGCAGGGGCGCUUGCUUUCUGGAUGGCAAAUGCAUCUGAGCUUCUCAACUUCAUAAAGCAGGACCGAGAUCUUAGUCGAAUCACGUUGGAUGCCCAGGAUGUUCUAGCACACUUGGUUCAAAUGGCCUUUAAAUACCUGGUUCACUGUCUUCAGUCAGAACUGAAUAAUUACAUGCCAGCCUUUCUGGACGACCCCGAAGAGAACAGUCUGCAAAGACCCAAAAUAGACGACGUGCUGCAUACGCUCACGGGGGCCAUGUCGCUGCUGCGCCGCUGCCGCGUCAACGCCGCGCUGACCAUCCAGCUCUUCUCUCAGCUCUUCCACUUCAUCAACAUGUGGCUGUUCAACAGGCUGGUAACCGACCCCGAGUCGGGGCUGUGCUCCCACUACUGGGGCGCCAUCAUCCGCCAGCAGCUCGGGCACGUGGAGGCCUGGGCGGAGAAGCAGGGCUUGGAGCUGGCAGCCGACUGUCACCUCAGCAGGAUCGUGCAGGCAACCACUUUGCUCACGAUGGAUAAGUACGCACCUGAUGACAUCCCAAAUAUAAACAGUACCUGCUUCAAGUUAAAUUCACUGCAACUUCAAGCCUUACUUCAGAAUUACCACUGUGCACCCGAUGAGCCUUUUGUCCCUACAGACCUGAUGGAGCAUGUGGUGGCUGUGGCGGAGAACACAGCCGACGAGCUGGCACGCAGUGACGGGCGGGAGGUGCAGCUGGAGGAGGACCCCGACCUGCAGCUGCCGUUCCUUCUGCCCGAGGACGGCUACUCCUGCGACGUCGUCAGAAACAUCCCAAACGGCUUACAGGAGUUUCUGGACCCUUUGUGCCAGAGAGGAUUUUGCAGGUUAAUUCCUCACCCACGUUCGCCAGGCACUUGGACAAUAUAUUUUGAAGGUGCAGAUUAUGAGAGUCACCUUACACGGGAGAACACAGAACUGGCGCAGCCUCUGAGGAAAGAACCUGAAAUAAUCACGGUGACCCUCAAAAAGCAGAACGGAAUGGGCCUUAGCAUUGUCGCAGCAAAGGGUGCUGGUCAAGAUAAACUUGGAAUCUACGUCAAGUCUGUUGUAAAAGGAGGUGCUGCUGACGUGGACGGGCGGCUGGCUGCAGGUGACCAGCUCCUCAGCGUGGAUGGACGGAGUCUGGUAGGACUCUCUCAAGAAAGGGCAGCAGAACUGAUGACAAGGACAAGCUCCGUGGUGACGCUGGAAGUAGCAAAGCAAGGAGCCAUUUAUCACGGCCUCGCUACCCUGCUCAAUCAGCCGUCGCCCAUGAUGCAGAGAAUUUCAGAUCGUCGUGGAUCAGGUAAACCCCGACCAAAGAGUGAAGGUUUUGAGCUCUAUAAUAAUUCAGCUCAAAACGGGUCCCCGGAGAGCCCUCAGAUGCCUUGGGCAGAAUACAGCGAACCAAAGAAGUUGCCUGGCGACGACAGGCUGAUGAAAAACAGGGCUGACCACCGCUCCAGCCCCAACGUCGCAAAUGAGCCCCCUAGUCCUGGCGGGAAAGGCGCCUAUGCCUCUGGGACAGCGGCCAAGAUAACAUCCGUCUCCACUGGAAACCUCUGUGCUGAGGAGCAGACGCCGCCCCCCCGAGCCGAGGCCUACCCCAUCCCGACGCAGACCUACGCCAGGGAGUGCUUCACCUUCCCGACCUCCAGGUCCCAGGAGCGCACGGCUCCUCCUCAGGACCAGUGGCCCCAUUACGAGGAGAAGCCCCACGUGCACGCGGACAGCAGCCACUCCACUACUGCAGGCCAGCGUGUGACCCGGUCCCAGGAGGAGCUCCGGGAGGGUGUCGGGUACCACCUGGAGCGGCAGAGGGUGGAGGCUGCGAUGGAGCGCAGGUCUGACGGCGGCGACGUGUGGCUCAACCAGGGCUCCUCGCUGGGCUCCAGCACGUCCAGCCAGGAGCACCUGGGCCCCCCCUCCAAGGCGGGCACCCCCGCAUCCACGCUCACCAAGAGCGGCCCUGGGCGCUGGAAGACCCCAGCCGCCUCCCCGCCGGUGCGGACCGACCCGCCCCCCGGGCACUACGGCGACGGGGACGGAGUCCCCGCGGACGCGCCCCUCCCGCCGCCUCCCACCGGCGCCCAGGCGGCCGCAGAGCGGAAGAAGCGGGAGGAGCAGCAGCGCUGGUACGAGAAGGAGAAGGCGCGCCUGGAGGAGGAGCGCGAGCGCCGGCGGCGGGAGCAGGAGCGCAGGCUGGGCCAGCUGCGGGCGCAGGCUCCGCCCCCCGGUUUUCUGUAUUGAAAGCUUGAAUUAUUCGUUUUAUAUUUGGAUCCUUCUGAAUCUUAGUGUAACUUUUGGAAUAUGAAUUUAUAAUUGAAUAUUGAGAUGUGAAGCCGUGAAAUCAGAAAUAUUAACAAAUCAAUGUAGCAGCAGCAGCUGCACAUCGUGGACCUGCUGAGCCGCGAGAUCCAGGAGCUGCAGGGCAAGGCCGAGCGCUCGGCCGAGGAGAGCGACCGCCUGCGCAAGCUCAUGCUGGAGUGGCAGUUCCAGAAGCGGCUGCAGGAGUCCAAGCAGAAGGACGAGGACGACGAGGAGGAGGAGGACGACGACGUGGACACCGUGCUGCUCAUGCAGCGCCUGGAGGCCGAGCGCAGAGCGCGGUUGCAGGACGAGGAGCGGCGGCGGCAGCAGCAGCUGGAGGAGCUGCGGACCCGGGAGGCUGAGCAGCGGGCCCGGCAGGAGGAGCAGCGGGCCAGGCGCGAGGCCGAAGAAAAGAGGCGACAGGAGGAGGGGUAUUACAGCCGCUUGGAGGCCGAGCGGCGCCGACAGCACGACGAGGCCGAGCGCCAGCUGCUGGAGCCCGAGGAGCUGGGCCUGGGCCGCCCUCCGCUCCCGCGGGGCUACGAGCCCCCGGCCCCCGCGCCCCCGCCGCCGCCCCAGCGCACCGCCUCCUACCUGCAGGCGCAGGUGCUCUCCCCCGACGCCUUGUACACCGCCAAGCUCGUGGCUUACGCCGAGGAGGACGACGACGACGAGGACGGCGGCCCGGCAGGACCAAACUCUUACGUGGGAUCUGCUGGAGCACUGAUCGGGGCCCAUGACGUUUAUCGCGAUCCGAGAGAGAAACUGUCUAAAAGCCAAGACGCGGAUGUACCUGGGGGUCCUGGAGCCCCUGAAAACCUGACGUUCAGAGAGCGCCAGCGCCUCUUCUCCCAAGGCCACGACGUCUCCAAUAAAGUGAAAGCCUCUCGCAAAUUAACGGAGCUGGAGAACGAGCUGAACACGAAGUGA